CUUUUGUUGAUAAACAAAAGAAUAAGUCGGUUUUGUGUUCUUUUCUAUCAGCUUAUCUUAAAUUAAAACUGUGUUUAAAUUAACUUAUGUUGAAAUCUUCAUAUGGAUGAAAACACAAAAAAUGAUGAGAAUACCUUCUAUGAAGUUCAUUUAAGAAAAACUGUUGAAGAAAGAACAAUUACAGAAUUUCCUAGGCCAUACAAUUAUGAUUGUUCACCACAUGGAGAAAUGAACUUUUCCAACCGGAUUCACAGUGCUUGCCAUAAAAUAAAUGUUUCAAAAUGUGAAAUGCUCAGGCUGACAAAAGUCAUUGUUGUUGGAGAUGUUGCUGUUGGGAAAACUUGUCUUGUCCGGCGGUGGGAUACAGCUGGACAAGAAAAGUUUAAAUGCAUUGCAUCAUCAUAUUACAGAGGAGCAAGAGUUGUGAUCUUAGUAUUUGGUUUCUGUAUCCUCUCAUCGUUAUGUAACAUACCCAAGUGGCUUGAUGAAACUUUAAAAUGCACUCGCAAACCAUUGCUGUUUUUAGAUGGUACCAAGAAAGAUGCAGUUGCGAAUUCUGCUUAU